CUCCUUAUCGACCCCGAACCGCAUAACAAAACUGCACAUCCCAUCCCCAAUCACUCUAUCCCAUCCAUCCCAUCCUCGCAGCCAAACAUGUCCACCCCCACCGCGCAAAUCCCCGUCCUCGACUCCAAAACCGCCUACCUCAAAGCCGUCAUGUACGAAGGUGUCACCGUGCUCGAGGGCACCGCAACCUGGUGCGCGCAAUGCAAAGCCAUCGCGCCGGAGGUGCAAAAGAUGGCGUCGGAGUUCCCAGACGUGCACUUCUUCACGUACGAUGUGGAGCAGACGCCGGAUAUUGCGCAUGAGCUGGGCGUGAGCCAGAUGCCGACGUUUAGUGUGUUUAAGGAUGGGGAUAUCCAGGAGGGGGUUACGGGCGCGAAGGUGAAGGAGUUGAGGAAGGCGGUUGAGGGGUGUUUGUAAGGGAGGGAAGGUGGGGCUGUGAGAGAGUGUUUUGGGACGGAUGGGAAAGGGGGGAUAGAUUUACGGGUUGGUUGCAGGAGCUAGUCCUUGGAUGAAUAUAUGAAGAGGGUUCGCUGAAAUGAGAGCAGAGAAUGUUGUGGGUUUAGCUGACGUUCUUCUGGUCAGGACGAGCUACGGCCUCGUGCUUAUCGAUUGAAUUGUCCGAAUAAGUAGUAGAGCGCCUCUAGGUCUGCCAUAGUUCCAUCGAUAAUAACAUGACAGAGUACAGCUCUUUGCCCAAACUUGGAAGCGGACCGUAGUAGAUCGCUAGCUACCCGAUUUGCUCUUGUAUUUAUUGCUGCGAGGAUUUUCUUGCUCGAUCGGAAGAGACGGUUAAGUGGGAUUCCUAAUUGUCGGGCAGACACCAGGCAUAGCGCUCAUUUCGGGCUAGCU